AUGAGACUUCUUCCUGGCCGUCGCAAGAAAAAUGCUGCAAAUACAUCAACUAAUAAAACAAACCCAGUUAUCGAUAAUUGCCAGCUGACACUUCAGGUGUCGGUCCUAGAGGCUCAAAAUCUCCUGACUUCCAAGAAAAAUUGCAAUCCUUACGCCGUUGUCCAUCUAAACCGAUUCUUUUAUUCAACUCCUGCUCUUUCAAAAGUCACAAAUCCCAAAUGGCUCGCCGACUUUUACUCUCCACUUAAAGGUUUGCAUUCUGCUCCCAUUAUAACCAUUGUGGUUUGGACCAAGGACCGUUUUAAAAAAGAAUACAUUGGGGAAGCUGAAAUCUCUCUAAAGGAUCUCUUCAAAAAUAACGCCUUCAAAGUUGAUGAUCCAGAAAACAAACCUUCUUGGUAUGAUUUAAGGUCAAUGAAGUCAGAUUCAAAGCCUCUCGUUGGCUCCAUAGAGUUAAAGUUUGCUCUUUAUCAUGAACAGAAUCUCAUAAAGGGAGAGGCAUUGGCAGACCAAGGAUCUCUACAAACUAGCUGGCAUAAGUUUCUUCAAGCAAUUUAUGAAGAAGCAAGCAAAGAGCCACCCAAUUAUGAUGACGACUCGGAUGACGCUAGUGUCGAUUUUGAAGGCCAGGAUUACGAGCAUCUGGUAGACACCUUGACAAUUUCUAAUGACGAUGGUUAUAGCUGCAGUGAUGCUUCUUCAAUUGCUUCUUCAACUGCUUCUUCUGGCUCAGAAUCCGAUGUUGAAAGCGGGUUUGAAUCUGACGAACAAGCUCCAUCAAUCUCAUCAGUUCAGGAUAUCCAACCUCUUGGCCGACAUGAAUCUUCAUUGCUUCCUAAAAGCCCUAAGCUCCUUCAAGUUCCUACUGCUGAAUCUACAAAGAACCGUCAUCGCCGUCACAGUUUAUCUCGCCGUCGUAGAUCUCGUGAAAAUAAGGAAACUGUGCCACGUGGGUACUAUGAAUUUAACUCCCGCAGCCAGGUGGUUGGAAUAACAUACCUUGAAAUCGUCAAGGCCACUGACUUGCCACCAUUGGCUAAUAUGACGCAUACUGGAUUUGACAUGGAUCCAUUUGUUGUUACAUCCUUUGGGAAAAAGACUUUUCGCACUGCAUGGCGACGUCAUACACUCAAUCCCAUCUUUAACGAGUCGCUCAUGUUUCCUGUCAUGAACCAUGAACGUGGGUUCUCAAUAAACUUUACUAUUAUGGACAAGGACAGAAUCACUCUGAAUGACCACGUCGCCACCAUUGACUUUCCAAUUCAGAAGAUCCUUGAAACAGCUCCACAACCUGACCCACACACCUUGCUUUACAAUAUUGAAGCAUUGGGUGUGCAACAACCUCAUGCACAAUUUAGUACAACAAGUAUCCCUGUAAGCCAACAAUUGGAUUCACAAGAUACUGAUAUUACUGGAUAUAAUUCGUCUGACUCCUCUGCAGCACGUGCCUCUGAGUCUUCCUUUUUAGACAGCGCCGAUACUGGCUCUGUACCACCAUCAGCUUCGAGUAAUAUUCCCAAAACUUCGGCAAGCUCUGUGUCACUCAAUGUAAUGGCUCCGCCUUCAUCAAUGGAUUCCCAGCGCCGCAAGUCCCGUAUUCGUCGCAGGGCUAAAAAAACCAAUACCCUAAUUGAUGCACACAUGUUUGAUUUUGUUAUUCCAUUAAUGCUUAUGAAGACCAAAUUUGAAGGCAAGCACAAACCAGAGCUACACAUUCGCGCGAGAUUUUUGCCUUAUGCAGCAUUGCGACAACAAUUUUGGCGCGGACUCAUUCGCCUUUUUGACACAGACCGCAGCAAUUCCAUGAACAUUUUUGAAAUUAUGGAGUUGCUAGACCAAAUGGGAGCCACUCUGUCGGAGAAAACUAUUAAGUCAUACUUUACACGUUUUCAUAAACGGUUUAAUGUUGAUGAACUGACGAUUGACGAAUUGGUUAUAUGCUUGGAAGAACAGAUUUUAAAAGAUACUGUGGUCCAAAACCACUCAAGGGAGCAAGAAGAUAAAGGCAAUUCAAAUAAAUCAGCAGCCACUCUUCCCGUCAUUAAAGAAGCUCCCUAUGUCGUUGAUGUUGACGGAAUGCCUACCCCUGUAGACAAGACAUAUGAAGAUCUAGCUGCAUCAGACGUAUCCGAAAUUCUUAAAGAAAUCUACGAAACCAAGAUUGAAAAUGAUGUCGAAGAGCGUUUAAUCCGAGUACUAGCCUGCCCAUUUUGCGGACAACCACGGCUCAACAACAAAGCUGAGAUUGAUAUUGUGACACACUUGGCCACAUGCGCGUCUCAAGAUUGGAGCCGCGACAACUUGAUGGCCAUGAACAAGUUUGUAUCAUCAAAUCAAGCGCGUAAGCGAUGGUAUACCAAAAUGGUUUUUAAGGUUACUUAUGGUAACUACAAGCUUGGCGCUAACUCUGCCAACAUUCUCGUGCAGGACCGUGAGACUGGCUUUAUUCAGGAGGAAAAGAUGAAUGCAUAUGUAAGGUUGGGUAUUCGUCUUUUGUACAAGGGUUUGCGAUCAUCUCGUAUGGAGUCAAAGAGAAUCCGAGGGAUUCUGCGCAGGGCUAGUUUUAAGCAGGGACGCAAGUACGAUGAUCCGUCAUCAGUACGCGCCAUUGAGCCGUUCAUUAAAUUUCACGCGCUUGAUCUUUCUGAAGUCCUUUUACCGCUUGACAAAUUUAAAAGCUUCAACGAGUUUUUUUACCGCAAGCUAAAACCCGGUGCCCGAGUGCUAGACGGUCCAGACAAUCCCUGCAUUGCAGUUUCCCCAGCCGAUUGUCGCUCAACAUACUUUAACUCCAUUUCGCGGGCCACUGAGAUUUGGAUUAAGGGCAAGGAGUUUUCCAUUGAGCGGCUUUUUGGCGACGCGUAUCCUGAAUAUGUUUCAAAGUAUAAUUCAGGGUCUCUGGCAAUUUUCCGCUUAGCUCCACAAGACUAUCAUCGUUUCCAUGUCCCUGUAAAUGGAAUACUGGGUGCGCCAAGAACUAUUGAGGGUGAAUACUAUACCGUCAACCCCAUGGCUAUUCGCUCUGCUCUCGAUGUUUUUGGCGAAAACGUGCGUGUCCUUGUGCCCAUCCAUUCCGAUGAGUUUGGGCUUGUCAUGGUUGUUUGCGUGGGCGCUAUGAUGGUUGGCUCCACAGUUAUUACAGCUAAAGCUGGAGAUCGUGUGGAACGCAUGGAAGAGCUCGGUUACUUUCAGUUUGGAGGCUCAACUCUUGUUGUGUUAUUUGAGCAUGGGAAAAUCAAGUUUGAUCGGGAUUUACUUGACAAUUCUAGUCAGGCUUUGGAGACUCUUGUUAAGGUUGGUAUGUCCAUUGGUCAUACGCCAAACGUUCCACAAUUUGAGCGUCACGAUGCUCACAAAACUCCCAAUAUUGUCAUCGAGUAA